GGUCAGGAUCACUGGCAGCUGGGGCACUUGUGGACUCACUGCAUUUGGGGAGUGAUUCCCUGCGCCAGGAGCGGGAUCCCCCGCUGGAGGCACCUUCUCCAGGGCCAGGCAGAGCGACCUUCCCUGAAGGACAUCCUCUCUCCUCUGGCUCUGCCUGUAGGAGGGAGGGCAGUGGCCUUGGCAGCACCUGGGGUGUUGGCACGGUGCUGCUCCAAUCCCCAUCCUCCCCUCCUCUCCUACCUAGGUGGCCUGGCCGGAGGGAUCGAGAUCUGCAUCACAUUCCCCACCGAGUACGUGAAGACGCAGCUGCAGCUGGAUGAGAAGGCAAACCCUCCUCGCUACAAGGGCAUCGGGGACUGCGUGAAGCAGACCGUCCGUGACCAUGGCAUCCGGGGGCUGUACCGGGGACUCAGCUCGCUGGUGUACGGCUCCAUCCCCAAGGCCGCCGUCAGGUUUGGGAUGUUCGAGUUCCUCAGCAACCAGAUGCGAGACGAGAAGGGGCGGCUGGACAGCACGCGGGGCCUCGUCUGUGGGCUGGGCGCCGGCGUGGCCGAGGCCGUGGUGGUGGUCUGCCCCAUGGAGACCAUAAAGGUGAAGUUUAUCCAUGACCAGUGCUCCCCCAAGCCCAAAUACCGCGGCUUCUUCCACGGCGUCCGGGAGAUUGUUCGGGAACAGGGACUAAAGGGGACCUACCAGGGCUUAACCGCGACUGUCCUUAAGCAAGGAUCGAACCAGGCCAUCCGCUUCUUUGUCAUGACCUCUCUCAAGAACUGGUACAAAGGGGAUGAUCCCAACAAGGUCAUCAACCCAUUCGUCACGGGGGUGUUUGGAGCCCUUGCUGGAGCUGCAAGCGUCUUUGGCAACACCCCCUUGGACGUGGUGAAGACCAGGAUGCAGGGCCUGGAAGCGCACAAGUACAAGAGCACCUGGGACUGCGCCUACCAGAUCAUGAAAUAUGAAGGGCCCCUGGCGUUUUACAAGGGCACGGUGCCUCGCCUGGGCCGCGUCUGCCUCGACGUGGCCAUUGUCUUCGUUAUCUACGACGAGGUGGUCAAGUUCCUCAACAAAGUGUGGAAAACGGACUGAGGGGCAGGCCAGGCUCACCCCGUGGGGCUGCAGCUGGAGAGCCGUGAC